AUGUUGCUGCUUCCGAGUGAUUUUUUCUCGAAACAAGGCAAAAUUUGUAAGAAGAAGAACAUUCCUGAACCUGUCCAAAGCUUUGUCCUGGACAAAUUGAAGGGAACACGUCCUAAGAACACAGAAGAGAAGGAACUGGCCUAUAAUUGUGGAUUAGCAAAAAAAGCUCUGCAGCUUGGAUAUCCUGGAGUAACUACCUACUUUGAUGCCAGAGGCAAUUUCACUUGGACGGACUGGGAAGGAUCACUGAAUAAAGCCCUCGGAAGCGAGUACGCGAAACGCGACGUAUGUGGCUAG